AGCACUCCACGGUGGGAUCCUCCAAGCGGAUUAUCAUCCUCGGAAACUCUAUCCAAUACAUCAACUCACAAUAGUGGUUCAUCAUGGAAAGAGAAGGAUGGACCGGACGACAUGGAUCCCCUUGAAAAAGAGCAAACCGAGCCAGUCCAUUGGAACAAACAAGACAAUGAUCAAGCGUGGCGUGAUCCAGCCAUGUGGAGCGUGGUCCCAUUUACACCCAAGGAAACAAUAACCCCACCUCCAGGAAAUUGGCGAGAAAAUGAAAGAAUAACCGUGACGGCGUGGCGGGAUCCCGACGAUCCUACUCAACGCAUGAAACUAAGUUCCAUUCCUACGGGCCUUCGACCACCCUUUUGGGAUUUUGCCUUUGCUCCUGUGUUUUUGCAGUCUUUAUUGCAUGUAUCGUUUUUCCGUUACUUAUUGAUGUCUUAUCGACCGGUUCCAGAUGCGUGGGGUUCGCCUUUAUCUUAUUGGCGAGGAGCAGGCGAAGCUAUUCCCAUCCGCACAUUUCACCCAACCGAAGAUCCUUCCCAGGGCGCGUUUACACUGGAACCCAGAAUUUCCUCCACCGAUCACCCGAAUUCCUCCUUUCCCUAUGCCUCCCACAACCCAUUCCACCCGUCCAAUGGCCCCUCUGAACCCGAAACAUCAAAGUAUGCCAUGAAAGCGUUAUCCAAAAGCGAGAGAGUGAUGGCUGAGCUGCAAAAACUGUCAGCGUUCAUGUUAUUGACCAAACGACGAUAUGCCAACGUCAGUCAUUUGACUCAAGCUUUGAAUGAUCAAGUCAUGUCGUCUUCGUGGGGCCAGUAUUCGGAUCGAAGCGUGGAAGAGUUUCUGGAUGCAUUGUUUCAGUGUCUGGAAGAAUGUUACGCCAAUGGAAAGCCUGCCGUCGAAACAAGGUUCCGUGAUUUGCUACGUUUGAGAGCGCAAGUCCGGUAUCCGUACGAACCCGACCUUGAAGAGGUCAAUUAUCUCUCUCUGGGAUACAACGAGUACAUGACUACGUUUUACGACUGUUUGGACCCUCUUGUAUAUGAAAACCAUGAAAAACCAAACAAAGAUGCCGAUACCUGCAGUGUAAAUAGCGACUCUUCCAGCGAACCAGAAAUCCCGCAUCGGUAUCGACUGACCACCUUCCACGAAAUUCCACCGCUGCUCUUUGUCACGUUGGAGAAUCGGUCCCUGAAUGACUCGCUUUCCUCCUCCGAUCGGCCGCUUUACACUGUAGAUAAAACCAUUUACAUGGAUCGUUACUUGCAUAAAAACAGGGACAUCGCUCUCAGCAUCCAUCAGCAAAUUGAAAGCUACAAGAAAGAAAUUGGGGACAUCAAAAAGGAGAUGGAAAUGCUUCGCUCGACGGAAAUCAAGGACGAACUCAAGUAUGAUAAACGAAAACUAUUGAGCGACACACUGGGAUACUUUGAGAGCUUGCCAACAUCCGAUGAGUCGGACCCAACUUUGACGGAACGUGUGCAACUUAUUUGCAAAAGACAUACAACGAGCGAUCGAGUGUCCUGAAAACAUUGUUCAAUGUUCCCGAAUUACAGAAAACACCGUACGAUUUACGCGCUAUUCUCUACCACGAUAAUAUAUCAAGUGCUGGACACUAUUGGGCCUACAUCUGGGUUGAGCCCAGUGAGCAAAAUCUGUUGUGUGAUAUAGAAACCGACGCAGGAUGGUAUCGCUUCG